ACGCGCCCGGGAUUAAUAAGAGGGGGCUUUGACAAUGACAGGACCACUCUGUCUUGGGACUUCGGCUUCGCUUCUUCUUUUCUUUACGCUCCUCCAGCCCCUUCUCUGCAAAAUGACCGAGUUCACAGCGGACCAGAUCGAGGAGUUCAAGGAGUCUUUCGCCCUCUUCGACAGAGUCGGUGACAGCCAGGUGGCCUUCAGCCAGGUGGCCGACAUCAUGCGCGCCCUGGGCCAGAACCCCACCAACAAGGGCGUCAUUAAGAUCCUGGGCAGCCCGAGCGCCGAAGACAUGGCCAACAAGAGGGUCAACUUCGAGACUUUCCUCCCCAUGCUGAAGGAGGUCGACGGCCAGCCGAAGGGCACCUACGACGACUACGUUGAGGGCCUGCGCGUCUUCGACAAGGACGGCAACGGCACAGUCAUGGGCGCCGAGCUGCGCAUCGUGCUGUCCACCCUGGGAGAGAAGAUGAACGAGCUCGAGAUUGAAGCUCUCAUGACGGGCCAGGAGGACGAGAACGGCAGCGUGCACUACGAGGCUUUCGUCAAGCACAUCAUGUCCGUGUAAGAAGGAGCUGUCGCUCGUGUUCAGGACAUCUACACUGCAUCAAAGACCAACCAAGGAAAGACAAGGACUAUGUACAAGGGAUGUCCAAGCGAACCCAUCUUGUUGUUUAUUUUUGUUUUUCUUACCACUUCAAACCCUCCUCGCUCUCCGCCCAAGCCCCCCACCACCACUUGGCCUCUACUCCCCCCCCCCCUGGUGGGGAGGGGGGGGGGGGGGAUGGCGCGCCUCCACUCGCCG